AUGGAAGCCAAGUUUUAUGGUUUAACCCGCAAAGACGUUAAACGUAUGGCAUUUUACUUGGCGGAAAAAAACGGCAUAAGGCAUCCUUUUGGGAACACACAAACAGAAGGAAGGGGCUGGUUAGAUCUAUUUCUGCAAAGGCACAAAAUUUUGUCAGUUAGAAAACCUACUGGGACAUCAUUUGCUCGCGCCAGAGGGUUCAACAAAGAGACUGUGGACAACUUCUUUACACUUUUGGAAAAAACAUAUGAAAACCACAGCUUCCCAGCUAAUCGCGUCUCUAAUGUAGAUGAGACUGGUCUAACUGUUGUGCAAAAAAAAGUGGCUGAAGUGGUUGGUCGUAAGGGCAAAAAACAAAUUGCAUCUUUAACAUCAUUAGUCACUUUGAUAACCUGCAUGAAUGCAGGGGGAGACUUCGUUCCACCAAUGCUCAUAUUUCCUAAAAAAAAUAUGAAUGUGCAACUAAUGAAAGGCACUCCUCCAGGAUCAAUAUCAGCUGUUCACCCAAGUGGAUGGGUUCAGGCUGCGUUAUUCGCCCAGUGGUUCAAACAUUUCAUUAAUACGGUAAAACCGACUGCAUCUUCGCCUGUUCUUCUAAUUUUAGAUGGACACUAUAGUCAUACCCAAGUGGACUUUCUUGCAGCCGAAAUAGAAAAAGGAAAAGAACACUGUACCGCUGAAAAUGACUUCGCUGAGAGUUCACCAGGCACAUCUCAAUCAGAUCUAGAGCCUCCCAGUCUAGACAACGUUCCACCUGGCCCAUGUGUUCCGACCUUAAAAAAGAAAACAACUGAUAGGGGUAGAAAAGCAUCACAAGCAGCGGUAAUUACUUCGUCCCCUUACAAAGACGAAUUAUUGUUGAGCACUGCCAAUAAAACUAAACAAGAGAUUAAGUCUGUUAAGAAAAAGGUGUUUUCUCAAUCAACCAAAAAUACAUCGUCCAUAACUUCAAAGGAGAAUAAAAAGCAGCGAUCUUUAGGAGAAUCUGAAAGUGAUGACGACGAAACAGAGCUGGUGUUAGCAGAUGAUGACUUAGAUAUGGAUGAUAUGCCUGGACAAAAGGAACCAGAUGAUUUAGAUGCGGAAUGCAUCUUUUGUGAAAGCAGAUUUUCCGAAGACCGCAAAGGAGAACUGUGGGUUCAACGUUUAAUGUGCAAUAUGUGGUGUCAUGUCGAUUGUGCAGGUGCUGAUAAGGAUGAUUAUUAUAAACUAGUUCAACCUAUCGCUCUUAGGAUAAACUGA